GCUGAAAUAACCAGUGAAGGAGCUGAAAUAACCAGUGCACCAGCUGAAAUUACAACAAAAGAAGCUGAAAUAACCAGUUCACAAGCUGAAAUAACCACUGGAGCAGCUGAAACAACCACAGAAAUAGCUGAAAUAACCAGUGCGCAAUCUGAAAUUACAACAAAAGAAGCUGAAAUGACCAGUGCACCAGCUGAAAUAACCAGUGCAUCAACUGAAAUUACCACUGAUGGAGCUGGAUUAACCAGUUCACCAGCUGAAAUGACCACGGAAGGAGUUGAAAUAACCAGUGCACCAGCUGAAAUAACCACUGAAGGAGCUGGAAUAACCAGUGCAUCAGCUGAAAUAACCACAGAAGGAGCUGAAAUAACCAGCACACCAGCUGGAAUAACCACU